UUACUCCUAAUAUUAUUUAUCAUAAAUAAUAGUAUAUGUAAUCUCCAUCUAAUUCUAUUCUUAUUUAUGUGUACAAAUAUUUAUAGUAAGUAAUUAACUACGUAUAUAGAUUAACAAAAAUUAACUACGUAUAUAUAUAUGCACAUAUAGUCAAGCACGUAGAGAUUUCUGGAAAAGGAUGCAAAUUUCUUCCGUAGUAGAAAACUAACUUGCAACAGAAUCUCUGAAUUCACACAGAAAGAGAAGAGAGAAAAUUUAGUGUGUGUGUGUGUGUGUUUUGUUGCUUCUUUUUUUUCCUUCCUGCGGAGGACGAUAAGGUUAACAAGAGAAAGCAGAAAGAGUCAUUUUUUUGCACAUUUAGACGUAGAGAGACAGAGAAUUGUCGAGGAUUUUGAAGGAAUUAGGGUUAGGAACUGUGGAGAAUGGCGGCUCAGGGAAGAGAAGGAGGUGGAGGAGUAGCGGUUUUAUGUGGUGGUGCAGUCAAUGCCGUGGAUUCUUCUACCUCGUCCUCCAACGGAGUUUUGGACAAGGAGAGUAGCAAGCAGGAUUCUCCUAUUCUGUUUUUUCUCUUCUUUCACAAGGCAAUUCGGCUGGAGCUUGACGCACUUCACCGUUCGGCGUUAGCGUAUGCUACUGGACAAUUGGCCGACAUACAGCCGUUGCUCAAGCGUUACCGUUUUCUUAGAUCAGUUUACAAGCACCAUUCCCAUGCUGAGGAUGAGGUGAUCUUUCCAGCUCUCGAUAUACGUGUGAAGAAUGUAGCACAGACAUACUCCUUAGAGCAUAAAGGUGAAAGUGAUCUUUUCGACCACCUUUUUGAGCUCUUAAAUUCUGAGAAGCAUAACUAUGAAAGUUUUCCACGAGAGCUGGCAUCUUGUACUGGGGCAUUGCAAACUUCUGUUUGUCAGCACAUGUCGAAAGAGGAAGAACAGGUAUUUCCUUUGCUCAUUGAGAAGUUCUCAAAUGAUGAGCAGGCAUCACUUGUUUGGCAGUUCCUUUGUAGCAUUCCUGUCAAUAUGAUGAAAAAGUUCCUUCCUUGGCUUUCAUCUUCUAUAUCUCCUGAUGAGCUCAAGAAUAUGCAGAAGUGCUUGUCUAUGAUUAUUCCAAAAGAGAAGCUUCUCCAGCAGGUAAUUUUCACCUGGAUGGAAGGUGGAAAGUGUGUCACUGCAGUUAGUGGGCAUGAUAUCGAUGCUGAGCUGGAAUGUUCUAUGGAUUUCAACUCCGUCACAGUCUCUUGUGCGUCAGGAAAGGUAAAGUGUGCGUGUGAAUCAUCCAGCACUGGGAAAAGGAAAUUCGGGCUAAAAGGUGAUACUUGUGAUACUGAUCGUGGAAACCCAAUAGAUGAAGUAUUGCAUUGGCAUAAUGCUAUUAAGAGAGAGCUAGAUGAGAUAGCAGCAGAGGCUAGAAGAAUUGAGUUAGCUGGAGAAUUUUCUAAUUUGGCACCUUUCUAUGCAAAACUUCAGUUUAUUGCUGAAGUCUGCAUAUUUCACAGGUAUUGGUCUAUGAAAAGUUUGUUUCAUUAGUUAAAAUAUAGAAAU